AUGAAUUUUGAUUAUUAUACAUAUAAUUUAUGGGACGGAAAUGCUUACGGAAAAUUCAAAACUAACACUGUGCUUAGAUACGAUAAUGAAUACAAAAAAGUUUUAGCGUGGGGUGCUCUAGGUUUGGCAAAGAAUCCAGGCCGGAAAAAAGGCGAGAAUGUAUCAAAACCUAUAGAACUAUUUAAACUUUCUUUGGGAAACUUGGCUGAAGAUCUAAAACCAGAACUCCCACCAGAACUUCACCUACAAAAAGAACAGAGGCAUAUAAGAGCCAUUACUGAUUAUCUACAAAAAAUGGACAUUAAUUUUUCCGAAAAUAUUCGACUAAUUCUUACCGUUCCUGCCGAAUAUUCUUAUCAAGCAAAAAAAGUUAUGCGCGAAUGCGCAUUCAAAGCAAAUCUAAUUACCAAAAUUGAUUCAGAUAGAUUACAAUUUACUACAGAACGUGGAACAGUUGACUUGACUACCCGUAAAUUAUUGAACAAUUGUGAAUUAGGCGAAGUUACGGAACGCGCCGGAGAUUUUUGUGGAUCUACGUUUGUUGAUAAAGAAUUUUUGAAAUUUCUUGGUAAAAUUGUCGGCGAAGAAGUUAAUCAGAAAUUCGAUGGUACAUUCAUUCCACUUUUUCCAUAUCAAUCAGCCAUAAAAUUUAAAAUUUUUAUAACUCAAAAGUAUGAAGUAGAAUGUUGUCAUGAAGAAGGUGUUGAAUUUCUUGGAGAGUUGUUAGUUGAUCUUCCAGAUAUAGAUCUUGGUCUUGAUAGAAAGGUCAAAUUUUCUCUUUGUUUUGGUGAUGAAGAAAUUAAGGCUUCUGCUAUAAAUUCGCUUAAUGGGCAGAACUAUCAUACUGUCUUUAAUUUAGAUACAGAAUCUUAA